GACGUUUCAAAAUUCCUCAAGAUUUGAUUCCGUCGCAGCUGGGCUGGUAUACACAUAUCUGCAUCUAAUAUACCAACCACCACCUCCUUCUAAAGGGCUCUGACAGCUCGGCCGGGUCUCGACUCCUGCUUCUUGCCACUGUGAUAGGUACUGAAGACCCGCAACACCAUGGAGCACGAAGAGUAUGCUCCAAGAUCGGGGUCGAGCGAAGACUUUGACCAAAUCGCUGGAGCUCGAGAAGAAGACCAUACCGUACCCGUCAAUGCUUCUGCCUCUUCAUCUUCCGCAUACCUCUCCACGAACCUCUCUAACCCGGGUCUAGAGAGAUCUGGAUCGUCCCACUCGGAUCAACUAUCCUUACAACAACAAGCUCAAAGGCCCGGGCUAGCGGAACAACGGAGGUUCUCAUCAGGUAUCAGUGGGAAUGGCGCAAUGAGUGGUGGAGAUGGGGGAGGGUAUAGCGGAUCAAUACAUGAUGGGAAAGAUGAGGCGGUUCCAGUCGGCUUUGACGAGGGUGUUUUGAGAGCUCUAUGCGACAUGGACGGAUCCCUAUCACUUUUGGCAGAUAGAAUAAAGCAGUCCAUUGCCUCGUGCAAGCAAGUCGCAGUCUUCUUUCGAUCAAGAGCUGAGAUUGAGGAAAAAUAUGCACGGUCGCUUCAAGAACUGUACAGAACGACCGGCGACGUCUACUCCCGGGCAGACUGCAAGGCGGGCACAUUCGUAUCGGCUUACCAUUCUGGAUUGAGAUUGCAAAGUCAAGUCGCGGAGAACAAACUGCGCUUCGCUCAACGUCUGAAUGAGAUGAGUGAUGAGCUACUAGGUCUGGCUAGAGAGGGAGAACGUCUGAGGAAAAUGCACAAGGAAAAUGGCAUGCGGUAUCAGGGCAUCCUCCAGGAGAGCGAAAUGGUCAUGGACAAGGCCAAAAGCCGCUUCGACUCCACUGCUGAAGAGCUGGAGCGCGUUCUCGUCGCUAAAGAAGGCGAAUCCAUGAAAGAUUCUGGCAUGCGUUCCUCUCCCUCUUCAUCAUCCACCAAUACAUCUGGAUCUGGAAAUCCAUCAGGUUCAGGAGGAGGCAAACGGGGACUUGGUAAAGCCAUGAAGGGUGGCUUGUUGUUCAAGGGCAAGGGAGCCGGAGCCAUGGCGAAGCAAGAAGACGAUGUUCGGAGUCGGAUGGCCCAGGCCAGCGAGACAUUUAGAAAGGCUGUUUUGGAAAGCCAAGCUCUGCGGCAGGAGUAUUUCAACUUUCAACAGCCAAAAAUUUUGAGGUUGCUCAAAGAAUGUGCCGAUGAACUGGAUAUGGGAACCCAGUACCAUCUCACUCGGUUCGCGUUCAUGUUCGAAUCGUCUAUGGUAGCCGAGGCAUCCAUCAUGAGCCCCAUGAACGAAGAGGGCUCUGGUCUCAAGGGACUCUACGAGAACAUUGACAAUCGGACGGAUUUCAAGCAGUAUAUGCAAAACUACGCCGUGGCCAGAGGAAGCAGUCGCGGCCCGAGACGAGACGGACCGUACGAAGAGGGAUUCCUUCCAAGGAUGCCACCGCAUGCUGAGCGUGGAUCAACGGACGGCGGUGUACCGGUAUCCUCUCAAGCAUCCCAGAUCACUUCGAAUGGGGGCAAUCCGAGCACGGAAGGAUACCCCGCGUCUGGAUUACCUGCGGCUUCCGGAGCGACCUUUGGGGUCGACCUCGGUGAACAACUUGCGCGUGAUGGAACCGAGGUGCCGAAAGUGGUCGAAAAGUGUGCCGCUGCCAUUGAGGCGUACGGGCUCGACAGUGUGGGCAUAUACAGAUUAUCGGGAACAACAUCGCGCGUGCAGGCGCUCAAGGCUGCACUGGACAAAGAUGUCGGCUCUGUGGAUAUCAUGUCGGAUUUAUGGUCUGCCGAUAUCAAUGUUGUGUCCGGUGCUCUCAAGCUUUGGUUCAGAGAAUUGCCAGAGCCCCUCCUCACGUACGCACUAUAUCACCAAUUUAUCGACGCAGCGAGGUACGAGAAUGAUAGACUGAGGCAUAUCCGAUUACACGAGCAAGUCAACGAAUUGCCGGAUCCAAACUACGCAACGCUCAAGUUUUUCAUGGGGCAUUUAGACAAGAUACGCAAACAAGGCACUGUGAAUCAGAUGAGUGCUUCAAACCUUUCCAUCGUCUUUGGACCAACGUUGCUCGGUGCUCCGCCACACGAAGGCGGAUUGAACCUUGAGCACAUGUCCUUCCAGUGCAAGGCUAUUGAGACGAUCUUGGAAAAAUACGCAGAGAUCUUUGUAGAAGAAGACGAUGGGGUUCCGGCGAGUUCAUGAGGGGGACUAUUGGGCGGCGCGCAUUGGGGGGUUUUUGAAGAGUAUUUCUCACAUCAUGGGUUUUUAAAGAAAGA